UCAUUAUUAGUUAAUUAACGAAACGGAAAUAAAUCAUCAAAUUUUCCAGUACUUACCCAAACUUCAUUAAACCUCUCAUUUUUCAUCUUGUUUGUUGCUGUUUAGAAGCUUGUGUUUUUAGUAUUAAUUGGUGUAAGAGGUCUUCACCGCGAAAAGCUUGUGUGUGCGUCUAAGCUUCAAAUAAGUGCCUACGUUAUAUGGUAAAAUCGCUCCAAAAUUGCAUCAGUUCAAGGAUAAUUGAAAGGAAUUACUCAUCUUAGAAGCGCGACAGCAGCUACAUACAUAUAUAUACCUAAGGCCUACUAUUCGAUCAUUCGUGUUCUAAAGAAAUGAGAGAGCCAGAUUUUCCCUUGAUUAAGUGUAUUUCUGAAAAUUUCAUUAAGCCAAAGCACGAAGUAGAGGAAUCAAAACAACCCUAUCACUUAACUCCUCAUGAUCUCUUGGUGCUUACUGCCCACCACAUACAAUUCGGUCUCUUAUUCACCAGACCAUCACAUAUAAAAAACCAAGUUUUUUCAAUCCACUUGUUCCUUGAAAGUCUAAAAGAAUCUUUUUCUCGUACCCUUGUUCAUUUCUACCCAUUAGCAGGUCAGUUUGUGACCAAGGUAGAUGAAGAUAAGCAUGAAAGCGUAGUGUACGUAGAUUGUAACAAGGGUCCUGGGGCUAGAUUCAUUCAUGCCACUUUAGAUAUCACCAUUUCCGAUGUUCUCUCACCAAAGGAUGUUCCUUUGGUAGUUCAAUCAUUGUUUGACCUCAAUGAGGAGUAUGUCAAUUAUGAUGGCAGUUCCAAACCUUUGUUGUCUAUUCAAGUCACUGAGCUCCUAGAUGGUAUUUUUAUCGCUUGUUCAGUAAACCAUUGUAUUACAGAUGGAACUUCAUACUGGCACUUUUGGAACGUAUGGUCUAAGAUACAUCAAGGAAAUGGUAAGGAUACAAUAUGCGAGUUAGAUCUACCUGUCUACACCCGUUGGUCUCCUGAUGGACGUGCUCCUGGUCCGUUUCCAAUUCCCUACACUCACCCUGAUAAAUUAUAGUAGUGACGAGGCUGAGCACAACUUUGUUAACGGAUGGUUGAAGUCUCCACAGUUUAUCUAUAACGAGGAUUUCCUUAACCGUAGCAAUGUAUCAAUAUUAAAUUCACCUCAAUUUGACAUGUAUGGCAAUGAAUUCGGGUUAGGGAGAGCCAUAGCCUUUCGUUCCGGGUAUGGAAAUAGCAAGGAUACUGGGUUGGUGUUUGCUUGCCAGGGAAGUGAAGGAGGAGGAAGUGUGGAUCUAGAGAUAUGUUUGACACCUGAUUCGAUGGAUGCUCUCGAAUCAGACAAGGAAUUCAUGGCCUUUGUCUCACAGCCAUAGUAAGGACUUCUUAAGUCUAAAAAUAUAGCAAGUUAUUGAAAGCCAAAAUAAAACCAUAGUAUUCUACUGGUUCCUAUCUCUCUAGGAAAACAAGUUACAUUAGAAUAAACAUAGCUUAUAUAGUCUUAUAUAGCCAUGAUACAUAUUGUCAAAAUGGUUAUCGCUUAUUUUAGAUUUUUGUCUACGAGUUUUUACCUUUCACUUUAAAGGAUUUUUCUUGUUUUAGGCCUUAGGAGUUUAUUUUAAUUAUUAGAAUAUAUUUGUUAGUUUAAUUCGGUUAGUAAAAGAUAGUAGAAGAUGAUUAUAUUUGCAAAAUAUUAUCUUUAGAAGUUAGGAUAAGUUUCAUAAUUAGAUUAGAUUUUGUUCUACACGAUUUUAAGCUAAUUAUUUUGCCGUUGUGCUAAACAUUGAUUGUUGAACCGAGCCUUCAAGUAUCGGCUCUCAACCGAGCCUUCAAGUAUC